UCUGACAGAACACCGGAAGUAGUUAACGGUUGUGUUUCCUCGGUAAAACGGCGAAAGUGAGUAUUUAUUGGCUGCAAACAGUCCAAAGGGCACAGUCCCCAGCCUGGCUGCUCUAAUCAUUCCUACUAAUCGGGGAUUAUAAGUACUGGUUCAGCAGAUGAGACUGCCUCUCCGUUCCUGUAUCUUCUUCAGAAGUUUUAUUGCCCAGAAACAAACAGCGGAUGCACAGAAGAGAGGCUUAAGUGGUGCUGGGAUGCGUUUGGUUCAGUUUCGUCACAGCGGGGAGGGCGAUUGUGUCAGAGUUGGAGUGGAGCAAAGUGAUGGGCAAGGUGUUGUUGAUCUGAAGGCGUUUGACCCUUCAAUGCCUUCAACUGUGAGAGAGCUUCUGCAGCUGGGAGAUAAAGGCCUGGAGUUUGCUCAAAGAGCAUUGGCAUCUGGUCAGUGUGUGGUCGACAGAGCAAACAUCCAGCUUUUACCCCCGAUUUUGGCCCCAGAGAAAGUAGUGUGUGUUGGCAUGAACUAUCGGGACCACUGUCUGGAGCAGAAUGCGCCCAUCCCUAAAGAACCAAUCAUCUUCAGCAAGUUUCCCAGUGCCCUCACAGGACCAUAUGAUGACAUUAUUCUGCCUCCAGAGAGCCAGGAGGUGGACUGGGAGGUGGAGUUGGCCUUUGUGAUCGGACGAAGAGGAAAACACAUCAAGGAAGAAGAUGCUCUCUCCUAUGUGGCCGGGUUCACCGUGGCCAAUGACGUGAGCGCUCGUGACUGGCAGAUGAGGCGCAAUGGGAAGCAGUGGCUGCUUUCUAAAACAUUUGACAGUUUCUGCCCCCUCGGACCCGCUUUGGUAACUGCUGAUGCUGUGAACGAUCCUCAUAACUUGGGAAUUCGCUGCCUGGUUAACGGGGACACUGUGCAGAGCAGCAACACCAGUCAGAUGAUCUUUAAGACGGCAGCCUUGAUUGCUUGGGUCUCGCAGAUUGUCACACUAACUCCAGGAGAUGUGUUCUUGACAGGGACUCCUCCAGGUGUGGGUGUCUUCAGGAACCCGCCCAUCUUUCUUAAGAAAGGGGAUGUGGUUGAGUGCCAGAUAGACCAGCUUGGCUCCAUCAUUAACAAGGUGAUAUAAACCAGCAGGAAACCAAGAAGAUCCAUCAACAGUUUCAUAUACUACCAUUACCCCCCCCCCCCCCCCCCCC